CUUAGAAUAAAGCUGAUGCAGGGGGGAAGAUUAUAAACCCACAAAAAAUAAAAAAGGUUUAUAUAAAUGAUGAGCCCCGCAAGUAAGAAAGACUACCACUACAUGGUUGAGAGGGACAUAAAUACACUAUUGAUCCUGUGAAAAGCAAACACUGUCAACCCAUGAAAGCUUCAGAAAAGCCUCGUUUGAGUGUGCAAUUAAGGGAAAAGAUGUAAACCAAGUGGUUUGUAGCUGAAAGAGCAAAAAAGCUUAAAAGAGAAGCAAAAGGGUUUUGUUUUUUGUUUGUUUUUUUGCUCCCAUACCAUGCCAAAGUAUAUCUCUUUUGAUUUUCAAAAAAGAAAGAAAAAAGAAAGGUUCUUGAUCAUUCAUAAUUUAAUAAAGAAAUAUGAUAUCUAUAUAUGAUAUGAUGCUGUGGUGGAUUUGGAGGUAGUAGUCUUUAGUGGGUUGUUAGUUGGGAAGCAAUUUCAGUGGCAAAUGAUGGCCGGAGGAAACCCUAAUAACUGGUGGAGCGUGGUGGUCAACGCAAGCAAUAAUAUGGACCCGCCACCGCAGCCGGCGGCGCCUUCUUCUUAUCAGUUCUUACAGUCCUCCUCGCCGCCGUCUCCUGAACCGCAUCAACAUUUCUAUGGAUCUUUCAAUUCUUUGGCUGAAGCCCAAAGCCAAGAUUUUCCACGCCCACUCAGCCAACUCCUCAUGUGUGGAUUGGGUGGCAAUGAAAAUGAAAAGUUUGGUAUGAGUCAUUUUCAGUACAAGAAGGCUGAGGAGAAUUGGGAUGAUGAAAUUGGUUUGAAUAAUAACAAUCAUCCAUCAUCAUCUGCUGCUGCUUCUGUUGAUAAUGUAAUUAAGGAAGAUGAUGAGUUUCAUAGGAUAGGACAGAUGUACGGCCAGGAUCCCAUUCCUCUUGUACUAGAAGAUCAUCAUCGCCAAUAUUUCCAAACAUCUACUGCUUCUGUAGCUUCUUCUAGGAAUCAGCAGCAGCACCAAAGAAGCCCUUAUAGUAAGUCCCUGCAAGACGAAAACAGACCAGAUGCUUCCAAGCAUUCAUACGAGUGUAACAGCACUAGCACUAGCACUAAUAGUGGAGGAGCAUCUAAGAGACCUAGGGUCAGCCAUAAUCAAGCUUCAAGUCAGCAGCCAUCUUUAAAGGUCAGGAAAGAGAAGCUAGGGGAUAGAGUCACAGCUCUUCACCAACUUGUUUCCCCAUUCGGAAAGACCGACACAGCCUCCGUCUUGUCAGAAGCCAUAGGGUAUAUCACAUUCCUGCACUCUCAAAUUCAGGCAUUAAGCUCCCCAUACUUGUGCAAUGCAUCAGGGAGCAUGGGUCACAUUCACCAACAAUCUGAAUCCGUAGAAAAGGGAGGAAAGGAUUUAAGGAGCAAAGGGUUGUGCUUGGUUCCAUUGGAAUGCACUCAACUUGUAAGCGUGGGAAGCUGCGGCAUCAUCGGCGGCGACAUUAAUGGAGGAGCUGCCGCAGAUUACUGGCCGUCUCCUAAUUCCCUUGGCGGCGGCAGACGCUUUUGAUUUAAUUAACUGAAUUUGACACUUACAAAAGUCUUGCUAUAUGACGACGAUGAUGAUGAAGAAUUGAAUGAGAUCAAUCUAACACUAAAUCUUUAUACUUUUACUUCGUAUAUCGGUCCUUCUACAUGUACUCUAAUACUCCUUACGUCCUGGAAAGAUUCGUCAAAUUGACUUUUUUUAGUCAACGACAAUCAACUUUGACCAAUAUAUUUUUUAAUACGAAAUACUUUUGAAUAUAAAAACUAUAUCAAAAUGUUCCUUAUUCAAAAUAUUUUCAUAAAAGUAUAAAAUUUAGAAAUUAUGUACAAAUAUAAUCAUUAAAGUUAUUGUCCAAAGUUUAUCAUCGUUGACCAAGAAAAGUCAAUUCGACAACCUUUCCAAGACGGAGUUGGGUAAUAGUAAAUUUGUCUUAAAUAUUUCCUUCAAUUCUUCAACAAUUAUCUAAACCAUUCUAUCUAGUCAUCUCCCUAUUUGUGUCAUUAUCCAAACGUUCAAGCA